CGCUGGAUGAGUCAGCACUCAGCAAGCUGUGGGGAGGAAGAAUAAAGGAAGCGAGCCGACUGCCGAGCCAGGCGAGGCGAGAGAGCGCAAGAGCUCAAGCUUCGCCGCGAAACCUCAGGCCAAACACCCCCUUCGCCUCCCCAGCGUCAUCCCCGCGACCCGAUCCAAGAUGUAUAAGCUGGGGAGAGGAAGCCGGGACAAGGUGCAGCAGUUCAUGACCAUAACCGGAGCCAGUGAGAAGGUUGCCCUUCAGGCACUGAAAGCUAGUGAUUGGCACUUGGAAGGAGCUUUUGACUUUUUCUAUAGCCAACCACAGGUUUCUGUAGCCAAUUCUCGGCAUCAUGAAGCUAUGUACAACAAAUACAAAGAACCUGAUGCUGAUAUGAUCAUGGUGGAGGGAGUAUCUCAACUUUGCAAUGAUCUGCUGGUGGAUCCUCAGGAUAUUGUUAUGCUUGUCAUAUCAUGGCACAUGAAAGCCGCCACAAUGUGUGAAUUUACUCACCAGGAAUUCAUUGCUGGGUUGCAGUCAAUUGGUGUAGAUUCAGUUGAGAAGUUCCGUGAAAAAUUACCAUCAUUACGAGCUGAGCUAAAAGAUGACCAUAAGUUCUGUGAGAUAUACAACUUUGCAUUCGCUUGGGCAAGGGAAAAGGGUCAAAAAUCUCUCUCACUGGAGACUGCUAUUGGAAUGUGGCAGUUGCUAUUUGCUGAAAGGCUGUGGCCCCUUGUCGAUCAGUGGUGUCAAUUUUUACAGGUCAGGCAUAAUAAAACCAUCUCUAGAGACACGUGGGCCCAGCUGUUGGAAUUUGUAAAGACGGUGGAUCCACAGUUAUCCAACUACGACGAGGAUGGUGCUUGGCCCUACCUUAUAGACGAAUUCGUGGAAUACUUGACCGAGAAUGGAUUCGUCCAGCGUAAAAGGUGAACGACAGGGAGGAUUCUUGCUUCUCCAAAUAAUGAUUGGGCUGUGCAAACAUGAUCCAUCGUGUUAUGCUCGGGGUUGGAUGUUGGCAUUCCUGUUAAAUCUAUUUGCCGAACCGUCGGCAUAUCAUUGCAUGAUGAGCAGAUGAGCAUAAUUUAUCUUGGGAUGUGGUGGCUGUGAUCGUGAAUUUAUGAAAACUGCAAUUGUGACUCUGGUUAACUAUAUGAUGAACUUCGCCUGUCUUCCUGCCUGCAUCA